UUGAAAACGGUCGGACAUAUCGGACAGUCUCCAGUUAUUUUAUAUAUCAGUGACGUAAUGAAAGACGGACGCGUUGUCACAACAAAAUACGUUCGGCUACAUAUAUUGUGAAAUUAUUUUGAUGUAAUAUAAAAGUAUAAGGUUUUGUUGCUAGAACCGUACCGUAUUUGGCUGUCAGUGUCAGAGCCAAUUCGUCUCUAAACAGAACAUGUAGUUAACUAAGGUUCUUUGAAUAUAGAAGGAUUAACGUUAGGCUCCUUUAGUCCAUUAUUGUGCUAGGGUUUACUUACGUUUUCCAGGACCGAACUUGAGUCCGAAUCGUUGCGUGUUUUAUAUAAUUGACCCCACUUUGUUAUCCUCUUCAUACCGAAAAAGUGGUGUACAACUGACGUUAAUACGGGAGUUAGACGUCAAACGAAAUACGGAAGUGAAACGAUAGCACACAAUUAGCACCACUUACUUUUUAAACUACGAGGAACGAACAGGACAAAACGAAAAAUAACACAACGUUGAGUUGCCUAUGUAGCCGUUGGUUGUUGAGUCAUUCUGGCGCAAAAGCCUCAAAGUUCCCAACAAUAUAGUGUCACCUGUUCUGGUGGUCCUAGUAAAAUGGGUGCUUUCCAGAGCAACUGCAACAUGAUUGUAAUCGAUGUGCACUUUGGAUUCUGCGCUCUCUAAUCUGAAAUAUCAUGUUUAAUCAAUAUGCUAUUACCAGUGUUGGGCGUACAUUUUUAAUCUUUGGUCUUGGAGACACACAUUUAAUCAAUACAUUCUCCAAACAGAGAUGGUCUAAAGGGGUACGAGAUGGGACGAAUAGACCGUGCAUAUUACGACAUAUGAUCAGAGACGGAAGAGGAAGCAAGACAUCCCACACCCUCAUUUUUUCUGGUUCAUAUACAUUAGACCAGACCACAGUUUAUAUCGCAUAGCCACCCUGGAACCAUGUUUAAGGAUAAUCGCUUCAUUUAUAUUUAUAUUAUUAUAAUAUAUUUGGUAUGAUGACUCUUUUGAUAUACUGAGGGGCGACGACCGUCGACCGCCAUCUUAGUUCAGGGCAAUAUCAUGCCGAAAAGUUGUUAUGCAUAUAACUGUACCAAUAGGUACAGCAAACAUACAGAUAUUACUUUUCACAGAUUUCCUUUCAGCAAACCAACGGUUUUUAGACAAUGGCUGGAUAACAUAUGCCGAGAUUAUUUUUAUCCAAAAAAACAUAUGGUCAUCUGCUCAAUUCAUUUUACUACAGAUUGUUUCAGCGGUUUAGGCAACCACAAAAACCUGCUGUGGAAUGCUGUACCCACUCUCUACAUUCCCACCACCAAAUUAAAAGAAAGUCAGGAAAAAGGCUCAAAAUGCUUCCAAAGUGUGUCAGUGUGUCCCAAGAAAAGAUGGAAACACAGAAUGGCCUGGACCCAGAAGAGAAACUACUAUCCAAAUCUGCAGAGGGCAACAAGAAACAUGUCGUCAUCUCCGAUCAGUUACUCGCUGUCCGGCCCAUGUGCAGUGAAGGCCCAGCUAUUCAAAACCUUGGAUACCAACAAAUGGCUCAACAGGUUACAAAUGAAGAGCCAGCUGAUCAACAAGAUGAGGUUCAAAUUGAAGGCAGCACACACCGAGUUGUCAAGUCUACGCAGCUGGACGAAUCUGUCCAGGGCUGCUGGUAAAGUAUCUAUAUGGCUAAGUGUACAGAGGAUAGCUGUGAAUGAUAUCAGCCGACCCAUUAAUUGACAUUGGUUUUAUUGGAAAGCUAUUUUGUAAUGGAACACAAGGAGUUUAAUUAAUUUGCUGAUCCUCUUCUGAAAACAGUCUUGAAGACAGACUUUUUCCAAUUUCCUCUUGGUCAAUUAGUGAAAAAUAUUUAUUUUGGAAAGCUUUGCAGCCCUAUCCAUCUUGCUGACAUCUACAAAACAUUAUUUGGAUAAUAAUAGUAUACUUUUCCCACAAGUUUAAAGGGACCUUCCUGGACUGAGUUUUUAUUCCUGAAUUAAAAUACAAAUGAAGUUGAAAAAGAUUCCAUUGACAUUUGCGCAUGUAGGCCUUUACAAACAUGACCUGAAUGUUUUUUUUUCUAUAUAUAUAUAUAUAUAUAUAUUUCAAAAAUACAAUUUCAUGAACACAUACGUUUUCUAAUACAUUCCCUAGAACUAAAGUGUAAAUGCAUUAGAUAUACAUGUCAAUAAACCACUCAAGUUACAUAACUGAAUAUAGGCCUAGAUCUCAUGCCUGUUUUUUUCUGUACUUUAAGUACAGUAUGUCAUGUUAUCAGAGUCAGGUCAGCCUUGUACUAUUCACUGACCUGUCAGGCACAGGAACACCCAGAUGACAUAGUCUUAUUGGGCAAUCAUGUCAGUAGAUACAUUGAUCUGACAGUUCAAACCAUACAGAAGGUGGGGUACACUUCCAAUCAACUUCGGGUUAAAAUUUUGACUAAUAGUUUGUUGUACAAAACAAUUGUGUGAAAAAAAUAUUGUUUCCAGCUCAAUUUCCAAACUGGGCUUUUGCAGCUUGGAAGAGAUUUUAAUAAUAUGGCAAAUAUAUAGAAGUGCAUUAAUACAUUCAAGAGGGUCACAUAGGCACUGCAGUGUCCAUACAGUACUAAGUCAUCCAUUACGAGCCAUACCUGAAAGGGGAGAACUUUGAGAUUACGACCAUUCCAUUUUAAGUGACUUUAGACUGAUUUUCAUUCAAUAGGGCAACCCCCUGUUGAGUACUUUUCUGCCAUUUCUCCUCCUAUGGACAACAAUAAAGAGGGGAUAUGCAGGACUUUUUUAGGACACAAGGAGUAAGUUGGUGUCUCUAUAAUUACAAGUCUGUCCAUCCAUUGUCAAACUAUCAGUUUAACGUUGUGUAAUGUCCCAUUCGGUCCAGAAAAUAGGUUCCUAUGUGUCGGCAUCAAUCCUGUGAGCUACAUGAGGGAAAGAGAAGGAAAAAAAAACAGCAAUUGAAUACUGUUGAACAGAAAUACAGUUUGUUUUAAGAAAUGAAACUCAUGUAGUUGAGCAGACACAUUGAUAAGGCCACCUACAUUGUUUUGGUAUCCUGAGUGCUUCCCCUUCAGGAGAGAGGACUUGAUGCAUGACUCCCUGGAAUUGAUACAGUAACUUCAGACUCUUCUCCUCCCCCACACAGGGGUCAUAGAACCCAGGUAGUCCUGACUGGGAGGACAACACACAAACAACAUCAGUCAUCAUCACAGACCUGUCAACCCUACUUAUUACACCUAAGGCAGUUUAUAGUUUUAUGGUGUGUUUCUGUAACCCAACAAAUGGCAUUAACAAUAUCAGUACCAUGUACUGUACCAUGUAUCAUACUCCGAAAAAAUUUGAAUGGACCAAAAUGACUAAUACUGAUAUUUUGCAUUCAGUAAUGCCAAAGGAAAGGGAACUCUGGGAAACUAAGUUAUGAUAGUCUAGUAACUAUGGCUGUUUACCUUUGUGGCCUCUGUGAGGAUGAGUUUGGAGUCCUUCACCAGGCACUGCAGCGGAACAGUCACAUCGAUGACCUUUGCCCUCUCAUGCUUCUGAUUGUUGUCCGUCACAAACUUGCCGUACCAGGCGUUGAGGAUGAUGAGACCUGAUCCAGGAAACAUUAUCCAGUCAGCAUGUUGAGUCACUCAACUAAUUUUAUAGCUUCUGUAACGUGUUGUUAUACUGAUCACUUCUGGUGCUGACAGAAGCCCGUUUACCCAUUUUAGAUUCCUCAGUUUCAAUGAUCCUGCGCACAGAUUCCUGCAUUAGCAAAACCUUCAGAAGAAAAUCGAGAUGUCAGAUCAAGCUGCUAACAUUCACACACACACAAGAGACCAAUAGAGCAUCUAAUAUUGUAAGGAAUGUGUGUUUGCUUGAUGCCGAUAUACAUUAUGUAUUUCUAUGAGGAGACAGUGAACUCACAGCAGACUCUGCCUCCUGCCUCUUCCUAGCAAUGUCCGAGGCUGAACUCUCCCGGUGCUUCUCCAGGUCCCUAGACAGUGGAGAGGCAUAAUGGAUGAAUUAAUAAUACAUUUAUUGAACUUCUACAGCGUUUUUCAUAAUAGAAAUCUCAAAGCGCUUCGUAAGAAACAAACAAUGCGAUAUGAAGGCUGCAUCCUCUGCAGAUGGAGAGGGUCAGCUCAUGGUUUGAGAGGAGAGAACUGGUCAGAGGAUGGUAGAUUAUAGAAAUGGAGUCUUGGUGAGGGCAAGUCUGGGAACCAGCCGUAGUCAUAUACACACUGGACUUCUGCUCUGUGAAGCACCCACUUUGCACUAGAAAGCUCACAACACAGUUCAGAAUAGUAUCCAGUCGUCCUCACUACGAGACCUCUGCCUCAGCACUGCUGGAUUCUUCUGUCUCCCAUUAUUAUCACGGUUAAAGCGACUCCUCACAUGAUGCUCUCAAAAGAUCAGGAACAGGCAGCCAGGUGAAAUAAAAAAAGCUGGUACUGAGUCCAAAUGCAUUUCAAACACGAGCCAGCUAGCUAACUAACCAAGCCAAAAAUCUAGGAAAUCAGUGUCUCGAAACCACCAGAUAUAAGCAAUAAAAACAAAUCCACAAAAAUCCACAACGAGGGAAAAAAAAGCACUUUAAAAUAACCAAAUAUGCGCACACACAAUUAGUUUACUAUGACUUCUAUUAGUAAAGCCAAGCUACGAAGCUGUAAGGCCAUCGCACAAUGAGCAGUUGAAAUAGUGACAGACUAACAUGAAGUGUAGAUAAGUGGGCAGUCUUACUGUUCCUUCUGGGCACGCACGUAGGGCCUGAUGACGAGUCUCUGAAUAGCGAGGUAGAAGACGAGUGGUCCAACCGUGGCGUAGAACACUGCACUGGGCAGGAGCUGGUCAGUCAGAUGGAUGGGGAAGAAAUAUGUCUGGCUGGCUCGGUUCAGCCUGUACAAAGAAGAUGCAUCAUCAAUAACGAAGUUUCCAUCGAACCAUUUUUACGCGGGUAAAGUAUCUGUUGUAUUAAAAAAAUGUCAAAUAAACUCGACGGGCCUGAUGCCAGUAAACGGUCCAAAUGGCGACAGAACAAAAAUAUACAAGUCAGGUGUGGAUAACAUUUUUGUUGGUGAAAUAAAUCAUGUGAAACAAAUGGCAGUGAAAAUGUU